AUGCAUCAAAAUGGAUUGCCUUCAGAUAUUUCGAUAAUAAAUAUUCGUUUAGCUGUUCGUCAAAUUGUUGCAGAAAUAUUUAGUAAACCAUCUAUGAUUUUAAAAAAUAUUUCGCAACCGAAAAAUUUUAGCGAUGAUAGUGCGGUUGGUCAAAUUCGAUGGAUGAUUCAUCUUCAUUUGAAACACAUUUAUGACCGACUUGAAGUUCGAGCAGAAAUAGUUUCUCGUGAUAACUGUGUUCCAUCACCAUCCUCAAUAUUUCAAUAUCUCAGCAUUAAGGACGACGAAACGUCGAAUGAGAUCGUUCAGCGUUUCGAGAAUCGGUGUAUAUCGGCUCGUGCGAAGAAACUCGACGCAUCCACUUCACUCAGUUUACGAACCGUGAACGUUCCUCGUUUAGAUACGAGGCGACUAUCGAGUAAUUCUUUAUCGUCUGAACUAAAUAAUGUCAAAAUCAUCUGCCAAGAGAAUUCGGACCACUGCGAAUAUCAAAAGAAUGAAGAACAAUCUUCAUCCGACCAAGUUUGGUCAACAUCACCAUCUAAUUCGUCCGUUAUCAGCAAAUUUAUCAGCAAUUCAAAUGUUGAAAAUGAUCAAUCAGUGAUGCAGUCUGAUGAAAUUUCAGAAAAAAUUGCCACAUGUUUUCUGGACAGUUUUUCACAUCGAAGCCAGCGCAAUGUUAUUAAUGAGUCUACUGUUGAUCAUAGUAUGCAGUCAUUAAAGAAUGAAAUAACUAAAUUGGCACGUGAAGUGAUUCCCUCUGUUCUUUCAGAAACAAAUAUUAUCCCAUCUUCCUUCGUGGACCACGAUUCAUUUACUGGAGAAUCUAUUGAGAACAAAAAAGCACCGAUAAUACCGUCGAACCAUUCAACACAGCGAUCUGAUGAUGAUAAAGCGACUUUUCGAUAUAUUCCAUCAAAAGUUGUCACAGCUGAAAUCGGUAUUGUUACCGAUUCUUUGGACAUCGUCGAAAAAUUUGAAACAACUGUAGAUAUUGGCGUAAAUACUACAAUUUGUGGAGUCACAACACAUUUAACUGAUGGCAGUUCCAGCACUAAUACUUUUUCAGACAUUAGCACCGGCCAAGUUCCUAAAUCUUUAGUUGAUGCCAUUUUACAAAAGCCUUCGGUUAAUGUAAUUACUAUUCGUCCAGAUGGCAGUGUUGUCAUUAAAGAUCAACAAAAACCGAAAACACCAUUAAUUUGUGAAUGGGAACCCUAUUCACAUAAUCUGGUUAUUGAUUCAUCUUCUUUACCACUUAAUGUUCCUCUUGGAGAAAAAUCUAAUAUAGCCGACGACGAAGAAGAGAUCGAAUGGGUAUCUGCUGCAGUUUCUUCACAUCAUACAGCUUCUGAAGAAGAUACUUUAGCUCAAGUAUCACCUCUUCCUCGCCAACUUUAA